AUGGCGAACCCGUUCGCCCCGGCGGGGGGCUCUCCGUUUGGCGCGGCGCAGCCGGCGUCCCCUUUCGGCGCCACGUCCGCCUUCGGCGCGUCCGCAACUCCCGCCAGUCCGUUCGGCCAGGCGGGCACAUCACUCUUUGGCGGAGGGGCGGCAACAGGAAGCGUGUUCGGCGCGACUUCUGCGCCCGCCUUCGGCGCGACGUCCGCGCCUGCUUUCGGCGCAGCGGCGUCGACUCCAGCGUUUGGGUCCACGGCUUCACCUUUUGGCGGCGGCUCGUCGCUGUUCGGGCAGCAGCAGAAGCCAGCAGCGUUCGGCACGUUUGGGCAAACCCAGGCCAGUCCCUUCGGAGCGCCCGCUUUCGGCCAGCAGUCCCAGCCGGCGUUUGGAGCAGGCGGGGCGUUCGGCUCCACCGCCACAACGCCUACCUUCGGCGCCGCCACUGGCGCCGCGCCCGCGUUCGGCGCCGCCGCUCCCGCCUUCGGCGCGUCCGCGCCCGCGUUUGGCGCGACCGCGACGACGCCCGCGUUCGGCGCGGCGAGCGCGCCAGCGUUCGGGGCGACGGGGGGGCUGUUCGGGACGACGGGCACGUCCGCGUUCGGCGCUGCGUCCGCGCCUGCUUUCGGCAGCCUCUCGCCGCCCAGCUUCGGAGCAUCAGCGCCUGCGUUCGGAGCAACCACGUUCGGGGCCACACCCUUCGGAGCAGCAGCAGCUGCAGGCACAGGCAGCAGAAACCCCGCCUACACGCCCACCAACGACACAGAAACCGGCACAGCGGGCCAGCUUGGCAAAUUCAUCUCCAUAUCAGCCAUGCCUGCCUACAAAAACAAGAGCCCAGAGGAGCUUCGCUGGGAGGAUUACCAGCGGGGAGACAAGGGCGGGCCGGCGCCAGCACAGGCAGGCGGAGGGCUAUUCGGCCAGCCAGCAGCAGCAGCGGCGUCUCUGUUUGGUGCCGCUGCUGCUGCCCCGGCGUUUGGCUCCACAGCUGCGAACCCGUUUGGCCAGGCGUCCACUCCGAGCCUGUUCGGCUCGGCGGCUCCGGCGUUUGGUGCGGCCGCGCCUGGCGCCACGCCCGCGUUCGGCGCGUCAACUUCCCCGUCCCUCUUCGGCUCGUCAACCCCGGCCUUCGGCGCUGCAUCCUCCCCGGCCUUCGGAGCCACAGGAGGGUCUCUUUUUGGCGCCACUGCGAGCAGCCCGUUCGGAGCAGCAGCAUCAACCCCGUCGCUCUUCGGCUCGCCUGCUGCUGCCACCGCCUCCCCCUUUGGCGCGUCCACCGGCGCGUCUCUUUUCGGAGGGACCUCGCCUUUGGGGCAAGCAGGCGCGGCGGGACAGCCUGGAGCUUCACUCUUCGGUGCCUCUUCUCCUGCCUUUGGUGCCAGCGCGUUUGGGACUCCUGGUGCUGCUGCUGCUACUCCGGCUUUUGGUGCCACGCCGUCACUCUUUGGGACCGGAGCAGCAACGGGAGGAGGGCUGUUUGGGAGUUCCACGCCUGCUGCGGGCUCGACUGGGCUUGGGUUCGGGUUUGGCACGGCCGGAGCUGCUGGUUCGGCGCCAGGGUUUGGUGCGGCAGGGGGGAGCCUGUUUGGAGGGGCGGCAGGAGCGGGCGGCACGACUGGGGCGGGGUUGUUUGGCGCAUCCACUGGUUCGGCGUUUGGGUUUGGAGGAGCGUUCCAGACCAAGCCGGCUGGACUCACUCAGUCCUCGGCGUUCCCCUCGUUUGGAGGGCUGGGAGCAUCGGCGACCACGCCUGGCUUUGGAGCAUCGCAGCCAUCCUUCGGUGGUGGGCUCUUCGGCUCCACUCCUCAGCUGGGCUCCUCUCCAUUCGGCGCCUCCCUUGGAGCGACCGCCACGGGAGGCCUGUUCGGUCAGUCGCAGCAGCAGCAACAGCAGCAACAAAUGCAGCUUCAGCAGCAACAGCAGCAGCAGCUACUGCAGCAGCUGCAGCAGUCGGGGCUGCUCCAGUCGCCCUUCGGUGUGCUGCCUGCCAUGCCCAACUUCGGCCUUGGUGGUUCUGCCGGGGGAGUCAGAGCCAGCACGGAGCUUGGCAUUUCCAGCAUGCCUGCCUCGGACCGCUAUGCUUCAGGCACGCGCGUCUCCUCCAUCCUCACGCCGCGCCGCAUCACCCCGCGCACCCGUGCGCGCAUGCACCACCCCGCCACGCGCCACUUCCACCCCGGCCGCGACACUGCCCGCGUGCCAUUCUUCUUCUCCUCUCCCUCCGACCACGACGACAUCUCCCCUGCAGUGCCGCGCGCCGACGCCCUCUUUGUCCCCCGUGACAACCCCCGCGCCCUCUUCAUCCGCCACCCUGUCGCCCCUGCUGCUGACACCGCUGCUGCUGGUGCUGCUGGUGGCGCUGACGCGGGCCCGAAUGGAAAGAGCCCUGCUGCUGCUGCUGGAGGGACGCCGGGCAAGUCAGGGUCUCCUCAGGGAUCAGACUACCAGUCGCCUCCUUCAGGGGUCUCUCCCAGGGAUGCCUUGUAUGCUCCUUCCGCUCCUCCCUACGAUUCCUCCGAGCUGAACGGCAAUGGGGGCUCGCAGUCCCCCAGGAGCCCCUCUGCUGCCCGCGCUGGCGCCACAGGCGGAGGGUUUGGGUCCGCCAUGCCGUCCCCCACUCUCUCCCCCGCCUGGAACGGCUCCUUCUCUCCGCCCUCCCCCUCUCGCCCCACCGGCACCGGUGCGAAAGGUCCCGGGAUCGAAUCCCAGCUGCCGCGAUUAAAAUCCGCGGAUUAUUUCACCGAGCCGUCGCUGUCUGCUCUAGCUGCCCUGGAGCGCUCGCUCCCAGGGUCGCUGGCGCGCGUGCGGGACUUCGUGGUGGGGCGGAAGGGGUUUGGGAGCGUGCGGUUUCUGGGGGAGACGGACGUGAGGGGGCUGGAUGUGGAGGGGAUAGUGCAGUUUCACAAGUGCGAGAUUCUGGUGUAUAUGGAUGAAGAGAGCAAGCCGCCGGUGGGGGAGGAGCUGAAUAAGCCUGCGGAGGUGACGCUGCUGCAGGUGGUGUGCGUCGAUAAGAAGACCGGCAAGGCGGUGACGGAGGGGCCGGAGGUGGAGCGGUUUGAGCGCAAGCUGAGGCGCAAGACAGCAGAGCAGGACGCGGAGUUCCUCUCUUUCAACGCCGCCAAGGGCGAGUGGCGCUUCAAGGUGCAACACUUCAGCCGGUACGGCCUGGAGGACUCAGAUGAGGAUGAUGAGGAGGAGGAGGAUAGGGGAAGGGGGAGAGGAGAAGGCGAGGAGGAUGGGAGAGAGGAUGAUGGGGAGUUGGGAGAGGAGGAGUAUGAGACUGACGAGGGUCUGAGUGGCGAUGGUGAUGCUGAUGGUGAUGCUGCUGAUGAUGGUAAUGGUGAUGGUGGUGGUCGUGGGAGGGUGUCAGUGCCACCUGGCGGCGUGUCACUGGACCGGGCGCUGCCAGCUCAGCUGGGGAUCGACCCAAUCAGGCUGCAGCAGAUGCGCCAGGUCAUGUUCGGCCGCAGUGCCACUGAGGAAGAUAAUGAUGGGGACGGCGAGGGGUACAAUGCUGGAUUUAGGGGUAACAGGAGGGCAGGCGGGCGGGUAGCACAGAAGCCGGCCUCCUUCCUAGCAGGCAGCAGGAGAGGCGUCCGGGUUUUCCCAGAGUUCGAGGCAGGUGCACCAGGCGUUGGAGCAGCAGGAGCAGGAGGAGCAGGAGCAGGAGGGGCGAGUGCUGUGCUUGUCUCAGGGCUGCAAGGCCGAGUGCAUGCGCAUGUGCACCCUGCGGCUGCUGACGCCCUUGUUGCUGCCCGGGCGAAGGCUGGGCAGGGGCGGGUUGUAUCUGGGGUGGGUGUAUCUGAGCGGCAGCUGCAGCACGAGCAGGCGGUUUGGCAGCUUGUGGACGUGCUGUUCUCUGAUUGGCAGGGCAAGAGGCGCAGUGACGUCAUGCAGGGGUCUGGAGGGGUGGAGAUGGGUGGAGGGGUUGAGGGAGAUGCUGGUGAAAAGGCAGGUGAUGGUUCAGGUGGGAAGUCAGGUGAUGGGUCGAUGGAGGAGGAGAGGGAUGGGGAGGUGGAGGAUGGGUAUGGGGAGAUGGAGGGGAUGAGUGGGGGUGGGCAGAGGAGUGGGAUGGAGCAAGGGGAAAGGGGGAAAGGAGUGCGGGAGGAAGCAGCCCUGAACAGGCGUCUGUUUGCAGAUGAUGAUGGGGAAGAGGAGGAGGAGGAGACUCAAAGAGGUGCCGCUGCUGGUGCAACUGGUGCAAAUAAACAGCCACAGUGGAUUGGGGGGCCAGAAACCGCGGAGGAGGAAGAGAAGAGGAAUGAGCAGGAGGAGGAGGAGGGAGGAAUGACCGAGGAAGAGGAGGAGGUGGAGGAUGAAGAGAGGGGUGAUGAGGAUGAGGAGGAGGCAGGGGAGGAGGAGCAGGAGGAGUACGAUGAGGAGACAAUGGAAAUGUUCCGCAGAGCAGAGUUCAGCGCAUGGUUGCAGGCCGUGGUGGCACCCGCAAUCGUGCAUGAACUCAACUUCCUCGCUGCCACCGCUGCAAACCCUAGCACCGCACCCAACCCUCUCACUGCCACCAGCACCAGCACCUUCACGAGCAACACAGCCACCACCAGCGCUGCUACUACUACCACUAAUCCUGCUGAAGCUGCCGCUGCUGCGCUGCCUCUGCGAGUGGCCUUUACCGCGCUCACAGGAAUGCAGGUGGAGACGGCAGUGGGUGCAGCUGCUCUCACAGGGGACGUACGUCUUGCCGCCCUGCUCUCCCUCGCCCACUCCGCCCCCCCUGCCACGCGCGCCGAUGCCGCCCGCCAGCUGGCGCUCUGGGAGAGGCUGGCCGGCGGGAAGGGAGAUAGGGAUGGGGGUUUGGGGGAAGGGGCGGUUUCGUUGCAGGAGUUGGCGGAAGGGGCGUUGGUGAGUGUGGAGAGGCUAAGGCUGCUGCGGCUAGUGGCUGGGGAUGUGACUGGGGCGCUGGAGGGUCGGCCCCUGGACUGGAAGAGGCACCUCGGGCUGCUCAUGUGGUUCGGCAUGCCCCCGGCCGAACCUCUAGGCUCGGUGAUUGGGGAGUUUAGGAAGAGAGUGAGGGUUGGGAGGGUGCCGAGGGCGAUUCCGUGGUAUGAGGAGACGAUUGGGGUGGAGGGGGGGGAGAGGGCGGAGUGGGAGCGGAUUAGGGGAGGGAUGGGGGGAGGCGAGGGGAAGGGGAAGGUGAAGGGGAAGGGAGAGGGAGAGGAAGAGGUGGAGAAGGGAGGAGAGGAAGAUGUGCUGUAUGGGUUGUUGGUUGUGCACUUGAAAGAGGAGAUGGGGAAAGGGAAGGUGGAGACUGGUGAUGCUGGUGAUGGUGAUGACGUGGCGGUUGAUGUGGCAGCGAUGCUGAGGUGGCGAUCAUGGACCCGUGAUGCGCUGGACUGCCAUCUGACGUGGCAUCUUCAGAGUGUGCUGCAGGCCAUAGGAGCGCUGCAGGCCAAUGAGGUGCUGCCAGCUGUGCACAUGGACUACGUGGCGCAGCUGCUAGCAGCCAACCAGCCCCACUGGGCGCUCUACUGCCUGCAGCACGUCCCGCCUUCCCGGAAGCUUCCGCGGUGGGCCCUGGAGCGCGCGUUCAGGGAGGUGCUGGCGGUGUCGUGCCCGGUGUGGGCGGCGAGUGAGGAGCAGCAGAGCUUUAUCGAGGGCCAGCUGUUGGUGCCGCGUUCUUGGAUGUGUGCUGCUCUGGCGGUGCACCACCGCUACGAGGGCCGGCGCAACGACGAGCUGCAGUGCCUGUUGGGAAGCUUCCAGUGGGACCGUGCCCACCGCCUCUUUAUGUCCCACCUCGCUGCUGCGUGGAUUCUCUCAGAGCGGUGGGCGGAGGUGCAGCAGCUGAUGGAGGGGCUGGAGACGCAUGGGGAGGCCAUUUACGGUUGGAAAGAGGGCGGGCGGCUGCUUUUGGACUACAUGCACCUUUCUGCCGCCCUGGAAGGACAAGCGAUUCUCCCGACCGAAGAGCUAACGGUGUCAGUGGCUGACGGGGCGGAGGCACUGUCGGAGUUCUCCCAGCGCACGGCUCAGUCUCUCCGCACCUUCCCCCACGAUGCCGCUCGCCUGCGCAUGGUGUAUGCUCGCAUGCUCGACUCGCUCUCUCGCUCCUUCCUCACCCACACUGCAGCAGCCACAGCUGCUGCAAAUGAUGGUGAAGCAGCAGCAGCCGCCUCUGCUGCUCCCCUAGAUGCAGCCCUAGCUACCUCUGCCCUCCCUGCCCUCCCUCGGGAUUCCCGUCUCACUUUCACGCGCGAGGCGGCGUCAGAGCUCGCCAGCUGGCUUGCUGAGGUGGCACCGGUGCAGUAG